AUGUUCGACGUCGUCUCUUGGACUGCCCUUUCAUCUGACGCGACUCCACUUCAGCCUCGCAACGUCCCCAAAAUCGAAUUCACCGAUCAUUUAUGCGAGAGGUCCUACCCAAUGGCGUUUCUGCUCUCACUGAUGGUCGGCCAAGAAGCGCCUACCAAGGGUUUCGAGGACCCCGAAAGGGUUGGAGGAAAAGUCGACCUGUGUCGUGAAACAAUCAAGCUGAGCCGAAAGUGGGAUGUGUCGCCGUUGUUGAUGAGAUCAGUCUUGAUAGAACUGGCAGGCCAGCCACCCCAAGGAAAGAUACAGCCGUUGGAUGUCUUGAUCCUCGUCAGUUGCGCAGGCAUGGACAACGUUGCCGCUCUGCUUCUGAGGAGCCUCCGACCUUCUUCCUUCGAUAACACGACUGCUGAUAGGUAUCCGUAUAGCCUUAGACUAGAUAGGAUACCUGCUGCAGCAUGGGGGAUGAUUGGUAUGCGCUUUAUCUAUGGGCUUUCAGGGGCUGCGGAAGGGUACCGUGGCCCUGUCGACCUCGGGCAAGAAGAGAAGUACGCGUUGGGUUUCAUUAAACGAGUAGCACGGUAUGACGAAUCAAUGGCUUCGUACGAGGAAUGA